AUGCUUGUCAACGUGCUGGCAUCUAUUGGAUACAUGUGUGUAAUAAGUGGUAGAUACAAGAACGAUCAAAUUAUAACUAGGGUGCACCAAACGUGUGAGGACCUACUUAUAUACUGCACUUUCAACCGAAGCCCUAAGAAUUGUAACGAGAUGUUCAACCUUAUCAAGACAUACGAUGGCCAUUGCUGUACCUUCAACUAUGCGGCUCUUAACGAAGGCAACCUUGAUGACAUAACUGAUGAUGAAGACGUAGAAUAUUACGUGGACCCAAGUGGAAUAGACUUGAAGACCAGCGGUAUUGUCGUCACGUCGGAAUCUGGCAGGGGAUCGGGGUUAAGCGUAGUGUUCAACGUCGAACCUAAUGAUUACCCAAAGUGGUCUUUGACUCCUUACCAUGGCGCUAAAAUUUUAAUCACAGAUCCAACCGACUACCCUGAGAUAACCGUGCUAUACAAAUACGUUAUAAUCGGCGAAACGCUAGACAUUAAGGUGGAGCCGAAGAUAUUCCAGAGCGAUGACGACAUCCGUCGCAUGCCAGUGGAGAAACGAGCCUGCAUGUUCCAUGAGGAGGCAGCCUUAGUGCAUACAUACAGAUAUAGUACUGAGACGUGCAAGACUGAAUGCAAGAUGCGGAACUAUGCUGAUCAUUGCGGAUGCAUCCCUUACAAGUAUCCUAACGAUAAAGCGUCACGUGUCUGCGAUUUCGAGGACCUUCAGUGUCUUAAUAAUUUAAGAGCUGCUAAAACUGGAGAAGAGAAGACGUGCGAUCCGGUCUGCUACAUAGAGUGUCGAGACAAAAAAUACAGUAUAACCAGUGACGUCAUGCCCCUUCUAGCUGACUUCUACCCUCCCAAUGUGACAAAAGGCCGCAAUAUCAGCGAGCUGUCUUCUUUGCGAGUGUACUUCGCGAAGUCCACCUGUACGUGCUACGAUAGGAUGCUUUUGAUUGACUUCAACUAUUUUGUAGCGACGUAUGGGGGCGUGUUUUCCUUGAGUUUCGGAGCAUCAAUAAUUACGUUGUUUGAGUUGAUGUAUCUACUGUUAUCGAUUGUAUUCAAAACUCUAUUAAGAUCUUUGUAUAAGGAAAAUAAAUUUAAUUCUGUAACCAACAUGUUACACCAUACUGUUUUGGCUUUUAAACGGUUCUCGAAGUACUGCACACUUCAUGGCUUCUACUACUACUACAGUAGUUCCUCCUGGUGGGUCCACAUCAUCUGGAGCAUCAUCAUAGGUUCCAGCGUCACUCUGUGUGUUUAUCUGAGCCAUAUGAUAUGGGGAAAGUUUGUGGAUAACCCGACGUUUACUGUGGUAGAAUCCACCCACUACCCAAUCGACCGCAUUUCAUUCCCAGCUGUCACAGUCUGCGACACAGAGAUAAUUUACGGGCCCAACACGAGCAAUAUAACGCGAAUAUUGCGGCACAAGAGUGAAUUAGAAAAAUACUGGUACUGA